AACCCAGAAGCACAAAGAAGUGAUGAAGAACACGAGAUGGUCACAGGAAACUUGGGGCAAAGUGAAGCAGACACAGAAUGAGUGAUGAGGUCCCUCACGACACAGUGAUGUUUGAACAGGCAACAAUGAUUGGCACCGAAACACCGGACCAAUAAAACUCAGGCCAACAUGCGGAACAAUGGGAUAGCAAGUUUUAUCUGUGAAAUUGUACUAAGAUUGUUCCUGUUUGGAAUAUUCCUGAUUUCUGAAACGUUGACUCCAUUCCACCGAGUAAUCCACCCGGAGGAGAUGUGGCUAUAUAAAAACCCUCGGACUGAGAGGGACAUAGUUCCUACUUGGCACAUGUUUGCCAUUUCCUUCUUAACUCCAUUGAUGGCAAUACUUCUGAUGAAGGUGCUGAAUAGAACAGAAAGCGGGGACGUGAGGGAAGGUUGUUUAGCGGGAUCUCUAGGCCUGGGUUUGAACGGAGUGAUCACAAACACUCUUAAACUGGUGGUGGGAAGACCUCGGCCAGAUUACUUCUAUCGUUGUUUUCCGGACGGAGCGGUGACCGAGGACAUGCAGUGCACAGGGGACCCUGAAGCAAUACUGGAGGGAAGGAAGAGUUUCCCCAGUGGCCAUUCCUCUUUUGCUUUUGUUGGCCUCGGUUUCACUGCCUUCUACCUUGGAGGGAAACUCCGCUGCUUCACGCCAGGCGGCCGAGGGAAAGGAUGGAGGCUGUGUGUGACGCUGAUGCCUCUCUACGUUGCUGGGGUCAUCGCCCUGUCGCGAGGCUGCGACUACAAGCACCACUGGCAAGAUGUGUUGUGUGGCUCUCUGAUCGGAUUAAUUCUGGCCUACACCUGCUACCGCCAGCACUACCCCAGUCUGUCGGACCCCGAGUGCCACAAGCCUUAUCCACAGACCAAUCUCUCAGCGAUCCAGGAGCGCAAGCUUGCAAACCCUGGCUUCAAACUGGAUGUGUAGUGAUCCACCUGCAGCACAGCCCCGUCCUCUCCAUUGUAAACUUGCUUUCCUUUUACUUUCAAGGCAACAUUUGCACAUAUUUAUAGUGGGACCUUUUGCAACAGGGUAACUGGGUAACAGUGUACCUGCACACACAGCUCCGCAAGAAGUGCAAAACUAGGGAAUUAAAUGGACCAGCAAGAGACCAGAGCAUUUCAAAUUUUAUUGGUUCACGAAGUUAAAAUGUCUUUUUAACCUUUUUUCUUAAACAAGUUUUUUUUUUGUCUUUGCCAAAAAAAAAACGCAAAUAAAAUACAGAUGGUACGAAGGCAAUAGUUCAACAUGGUUUUAACAAGUAAGUGCGUUUCAAAGUCGCAGUCAGCUCCCCUUCCUAAGGUGCUGAGUUUGAGUAUAAUUGCUUGAUGAAUGGUGUGGUGGGAUUAAUCAAUGGGAACAAGUGUCUGCAGGAAUCUGCCCCAUCCACACUCUGAUCAGCAGGACCACGCGAUUGAUCAUGUAUCUUGCAGUACAACAUCAUUAUCGACACUUGAUUCUGGGUACUCACGUUACGUCUCAAUUUUCAGUAUGGAAUGUGCUUGCUGCUUGGGUCAUUGUGAUAGGGGGUGGUUUGCAGAUUUCUACAGUUUAACGACAAGGUUGAAUUUCCAACUGGAAAGCUGAACACAAUGUUGAGCUUCUCGGAACAUGUGCAACAAUGACACUGUUCCGGUUAUUUAGUCACGCCAGCAAGCAAGGCUGUGCUUCUAACUCCAAUGCUGACCGAACCCCUUCCCUACGCUUGGGUGGCUCCUGAAUGCUGUUGGUCAGGAAACAAUGCCCAGACUAGUGGACACAUAACUUUGGUGUAACACAGCAGGCCAGGCAAUGUCUUUGGUUUUAAACCAGCAUCUGCAGUUCCUUCUUUGCACAAAGGUGAUGAGAGAACCAUAGCUGUACAUGGACAGAGUGGGUUUGGGUGUGGAGAACACUGCCACGGGUACAGGAGACAGAUUGAAGUGGGGCAUUCAAUGAGCUGGACUUGAUUCUGAAAGGAAAGAGUUAGCAAUGAUUAUGGAUUGCUGAACCAUGGAGCUGCGGAGGAUUGGGCAGGUUGAACAAUCACUAAAGCCUUUGUGUGUCGGGGUAGGAGUGCAAUGCUUUCUCAAGCCACAUUUUCACAUUUCUGGUGGAUGCAAAGAAAUCCAUCUUCUAACAAGCUCGCUCCCCCCCCCCCCUCCAUUUUUAAAUUGUUAAGCUGCUUAGAUUGAAAUGUACACAUACGCACCAUGGCUGCUUUGCACUUCCACCAAGACUUAAGUGCGUAGAGGGCACUUGUUUGUACAUAUUUCAGCUUUAAUAAUGUCUUAACUGUGAUUAAUUUCACUGUUUUGCUGGGCAGGGCACGGGUUGAACAUUGAGCUGACUCGUACCACAUUCUCCCUUCACCGGGAUCCAUCCAAUUACAGGAAGAAAAACAAUGACCUUGUAUGUCUUGCUAUCUUCACUUGUUCUGUAGUGCCUCGUGUGGGCAAGUGUCAGAAUAGAGGUGACUGUAUAUAUAUUGUAUAUAACUGAAGCAAUUGCUUCUGGCCAGUGUUUCAAAGGGACCCAGUAACCGGCUAUGAUUAGAGUAGUCUGAGGGAAGGAAAGCACAAAGCAGUAUAUUCAUGUUGGGAGAUUUCAUUUCCCUGGAACGUGAAAUCCAACUUAAUGUGGAAAAUGCAGAACCAAUUGUGUUUUUUUUUGUAAACUUCAAUUCACUGACAGAACUGUAACCACAUGGAGACUGAUGUUUUAGCCCUGUGAUCAUGCUGUCUGAACAAGUCAAGCCUGUGGAUAAAUCUUUGUGUUCUAAUAAAACAAAGACCAAUGUUUAAAAUAA